CCGUGAUCCCCGGGACUUGUGUUAACCCUCGCUCCUUUUUUCUCUCUCUCUCUUCUCUCUCUCUCUUUCACUUUCCUCGAGAAAUCUCCUCUACCUCCCUCUCUCUCCUCACCUGUCCUACCUGUUCUUAUAGCCGAGCGAAUAUGAUAUCCUUAGUCGCCGCCGGCGAUCGACCGUCCGGGCUGAAAAAUCAGCCCCCUGGCUGAAUCGCUCGCGCUCUUCCUCUCCCUCCUCGAAGGAGGGUUAACGUAUCGUCUUUUUCGCGAGUUCUCCGCGUUCGGGCCGCGCAAGGGCCGCGAGGGAGACCUGCUGCCCUCUUGUUUCCCUUAACCUAUAUUAAAGGAUCAAUGAGUGAACGCCACCGUUGUGCACGUUCGCGCGAACGCACGUCUGCUGCUCGUCGGAUCGCGCGCGCGAGACGGUGAGAGAGAGAGAGAGAAAAGCGUUGGGGCGAGAGCGAAGCAAUCCGCGUCACGCCGCGAACGAUCUCGCGGGCGGCGCGAUUUCGAUGAUGAGUCGUACGAUGGACGAGAAGGAGGAACUGGUAAAGAAGGCCUUAUUUAGUUUCGUUAGGAAGCAGGUGCCCACUGCACAGUUGAGCUUAAUAGACGACAUUGUGCUCAGCUAUGUAGUGAGUAUGGUGGAAGAGAGCGCGCUGGAGGAGAAUCUGGACGUGGACGGACUGUGCGAGAUGGUGUCAGCCUGCCUGCCAGAGUUCUCCACCAUCGAGAAGGAGGCCGUGUCGAAGUGGCUGCUGGACGUGGAGAGUAAAUUGAGACAGGGUAGCAAGGAGAAUGAGAGUUGUCAGCCGCACGAUCCUCUGAGUCACAUCAGCUUGACCGCUCUCUUGCCGGCCGGUGCGCAGAGAAUGCGAGUCCAUCAUCUGUCGGAGACCAGCGACGCCGGCAGCGACUCAAGCGGGGAGUACUUCUCGGAGGUAAAGAGAACGCUUGACGACCGAGUCGACGCACCACCGGUCGCCUCCCUCGCUAACGACAAUUCCCCGUUGUCGUCCCAGGAGUCCUCUUGGCACCAGGUGGCCCUGCUGCAAGAGAUGUUUCCGGGCGCGAGCCCCGCCGAGGCCAGGCACUGCUUAGCGGUCGCCGGCGGCGACAUAGCGAAAGCCGCGCAGCUUGCGCUGCAUCGUCAGGAGGCCGGCCAGAGUAUCGUGAGCAACCUUACGUUUCUAACGCCGAACGGCCGCAACAAGGCCAGGGUGAACGACGAGGAGCUCAAGUCCCGCAUCAUAGCGCGGUACAGUUACGUCGACAGGGACGACGACUGCCGCGAGCAUCGUCCGGUCGCGCCGAAAACCGAGCCGAAGAAGCUGGUGCGCUACCUCGACAAUAAGAUCGUGAGCGUGAAGGGCGAACGUUACACGGAAGUGCGACGGGGCGGCGAGGACGAGGACGGUAACGAAGGCGGCAGGAAGAGGGGCCACUGCCGUCCGUAACCAGUCCCUCUGCCUCCACCCCCCGAUCCACCCCCCUGGAGGCACUUGAUUUUCGAUUGAAAACCUUCGAACCUAUUAGAUAUUUUCCAUCUCACUUAUAUAAGGGACAAAAAACGCAUAGGCGAGAUAUUCGAAUUUCAACAGCAACAUCAACAGGCAUUACCACAUUCUCCCCCUUACUUGACGUCUGAUUUCACGUUUUGACGCAGCCUGCGCGCAACUCCCCCCCC